UUAAUUGGAAAGCCAAAGCAACAGGCUUCUGGUCGUUCACGCAUUGACCAAAUGUAACAAAAAUUGCUCCGCUAGACAUAUCACACCGUCUCCAUCGUCGUUCUCGAGAAGGGACAAGAUUGCAGAAAGAAUACCAGGUAGAGUGUUUAUGCAUUAGAAAUACCAAUGGGAACAUUCAAAAUAGGGUUUCGAGAUCAUAGUUUCAGGUUUUUGGUACGGUGUGACUGAGGAAGGAGGCCAUGGGAGAGAGACAGGCCUUAUCAAUAAUCAGAUGGAUGGGUUUAUUUGACGAUCCAGGAGAGGGGGUUUCCGUUUGAGAGGCCAUCAAUCAGCUCAAGGAGCAGAUGACUCUGAUCAGAAAACGGUUGCUUUUAUUUGAAUAAGAAUCAGUGUCCGAUGGAUUUUUCGCUGAAGAAGUCAUUCAAAUCCCAUGGGUCGAGCAAACACAUGAGAAAGAUCUCAGCCGGAGCAGUAGAAGAUAACAGCCACGAGGAGCUCCCGAUUCUAAUUGAUCACCAGAACCAGGCAAGCAUCGCCUCAGAUUCGCCGGGCCACCACCGCCGAGAGGUCAUCGUCAAGAUCGACGAGGGCGAUUCCUCAGCAACAACCAUCAGAGAAAACGUCAGGGAAGUAGAGCAUGGCGGGAUGAUUUGGCGGGAAUCGAGUUUAGAUUUUUGGACGGAGGACGACGGGAGCACUAUCCCCGCCGAUGGAAGCGCCGGCAGCGGGGGCUUUCAUUUCGUGCAGAGGGGGAAGCAGACUGCGCCGGCGGCGGAGGAGGAUCCGCCGACGAAGCUGAUAGGGCAGUACCUUAAGAAGCAGAGAGCCUCGGGAGGCGACGUGUCGUUGGACAUGGAUUUGGAGAUGGACGAGCUACAAAAACCGCCGCUGGCGGAGCCUCCGAGGAUCAGCGAGGCGUCGCGGGAGCUCAAGGUGUCGUUCCAAUCGCCGGCAAGGUCGGAUCUCCCGAUCCCCGAGACGGGGAACGAUUCUGUUCGGAGGCGAAACAAGGACUCCGUGGUUGACGACGAACGACGUCGUAGCAGUCGGUUGAGUAACGGCGGAGCCGACGUCAUUAGGUGCUCGUCGAACAAAUCGUUUCGGCGAGAGGCUUCGUUUCAGAACAACAAUUUGUUGAGGCUAAAGACCAAGUCUAGAUUGAUAGACCCGCCUGAAAGCUGGGACGAGGUUCGGGUCCCGAAAUCGGGUCCGAUGAAGUCCGGGAUGUUGGGGAAAGGCGGCGGCGGCGACGAUGACGACGAGGACCCGUUUUUGGAAGAGGAUCUGCCUGAUGAGUACAAGAGGGUAAAACUAGAUGCAUUGACUCUGCUCCAAUGGCUUAGUUUGGUUUUGAUCAUUGGUGCCUUGGUUUGCACGCUUUCUCUAAGAGUUUUGAGGCAGAAGCAUCUGUGGAAAUUGAAGCUGUGGAAAUGGGAGGUGCUGAUUUUGGUUUCGAUUUGCGGGAGGCUGGUUUCGGGUUGGGUGAUAAAGAUCAUGGUGUUCUUCGUGGAAAGGAAUUUCCUUCUGCGCAAGAGGGUGUUGUAUUUUGUUUAUGGGAUCAGAAGGGCUGUGCAGAACUGUAUUUGGCUUGGCUUUGUUUUGACGGCUUGGCAUUUCAUGCUAAUCAGGAAGGUUGAGCAGGAAACCAAUAGCAAAAUACUAGAGUAUGUGACGAAAGGUUUGCUUUGUCUCUUGAUCGGGGUUUUGCUAUGGUUGUUAAAGACCCUGGUUGUGAAGGUGCUUGCUUCCUCUUUCCACGUUAGAUCCUACUUUGAUCGGAUUCAGGACGCGCUUUUUAAUCAGUAUGUGAUCCAAACUCUCUCUGGGCGUCCCUUGAUUGAGGUACAGAAUGCGGAGGAUGAAGAAGAGAGGCUUGCUGAGGAGGUUAGGAAGUUACAGAAUGCUGGGGCAACUAUGCCUCCUGACCUCAGAUCAAAUGCAUUCCCUUCUGCGAGAAUUGGGAGGGCGGUUGGGAGUGGCUCUGGGAGAAGUGGGAGGUUCAUUGCUGCAAGUGGGGGGCUUGGGGGAAAAAGUGGCAAGUUUUCAAGGCCAACAAUGUCCAAGAAGACAGAGGAGGCUGCAAUUACCAUUGAUCAUUUGCAUAGGCUCAAUCCAAAGAAUGUAUCUGCUUGGAAUAUGAAGAGGCUAAUGAACAUUGUUAGAAAAGGGCAUCUUACGACACUCGAUGAGCAAAUUCUGGAUUCCAGCGCUCAGGAUGAGGGUGAUACUAUGAUCAAAAGUGAAGUUGAGGCAAAGGCUGCAGCUAAAAAGAUAUUUCGCAAUGUGGCACGGCCUGGCUCAAAGCACAUCUACCUGGAGGAUUUGUUGCGUUUCAUGGGAGAAGAGGAGGCUUUAAAGACCAUGAGUCUCUUUGAAGGGGCCUCCGAGACUCGCAGAAUCCGCAAAAAUUCCUUGAAAAAUUGGGUGGUCAACUGCUUUAGAGAACGGAGAGCACUUUCUUUGACACUGAAUGACACCAAAACAGCGGUGAACAGACUUCGACACGUGGUGGAUGUAAUAGUUGGCAUUGUUAUUAUAGUUAUAUGGCUUCUUGUGCUGGAUAUUGUCACCAGCGCCAAUCUUGUUUAUGCAACUUCUCAGCUUGUGGUCGUGGCAUUUGUUUUUGGUAACACUUGCAGGACAGUAUUUGAAGCAGUCAUAUUUUUAUUUGUUAUGCACCCAUUUGACGUGGGAGAUCGAUGUGAAAUUCAAGGAGUACAGAUGGUUGUAGAAGAAAUGAAUAUCUUGACUACAGUUUUUCUAAGGUAUGACAACAUAAAAAUCGUGUACCCGAACAGUACACUUUCAACUAUGCCCAUCAAUAACUUCUAUCGUAGUCCGGACACAGGAGAUGCUGUUGAGUUCUGUGUCCAUAUAUCUACUCCACAAGAUAAGAUUGCUGUUAUGAAACAGAGAAUGAUAAGUUACAUUGAAAGUAAAAAGGAGCACUGGUAUCCUCAAGUACAGAUCGUAUUGAAGGAUGUAGAAGAAUUAAAUAAGAUGAGGUAUGCAUUGUGGCUGACACAUAAGAUGAACUUCCAAGAUGUGGGAGAAAAGUGGGAAAGAAGAGCCCUUUUACUUGAAGAGAUGGUAAGGAUCUUCCAGGAGCUGGACAUUCAGUAUCGUUUGCUGCCUAUUGACAUAAAUGUCCGCGCCAUGCCUCCCACAACCACCACCGGUCUGCCUCCCUCAAAUUUUUCAGCAACCACAAGCUGAGUGAGGAUAUGAGGGAAUCCGAAGUCUGACCUCCCCAACGAGGAUGCAUACGCUAGACCCCUUGGCAAUUUGUAGAACCAAAUGGAAGGGACUAAGUUCAUGCUGCAGGAUACGCACUGUACAGAAUGGAGAGGAUGAUAUAUGUGGAACGCGGUUUGAUUGAUUGAUCUCAGAACUUAGUUGCCUACUGUGAGAACCCAAAUUUUUAAGUAUAUACUUAUAUGCUUAAAUAGCUUAUUAAGUAUACGCAAGGCUACCAUUUGCAAGUUUCUGUGCAUCUGGAUACUAAUUAAUUAGACAGAGAGCUGGAGCGGCAUCAUUCUUUUUGUGGCAGUUGAAGUUUGAUUAUGAUUGAUAAUAAAGUUCUAGAUUACUGCCAUCAACUUUUGUUCGCUCAAUUCGCUUGGGGUGUCUAUGAUGUAGUUAACAGUUGAAACCUGCAGAUUAUAGAUAGGGAUAUUCAUGACCAUCUCCUCAAUACUUGGUGAUUAAGAUAGGAUUGUACCUAUGUUCUCAUUUUAUAGUAAUAUCUUUGCUUGAUGGCCCAGUCUAUACAGAGUAGUCGAUCCUAU